UUACUCACAACCCGCCCAUACCCGGAUGUUGUUUUUUUGUCACUAGUGUGGCAGUCCAGUAAGAUCCAGAUGAUUUUAUUUUUAUUUCUGUUGUGAUCGCCAGUAAGAUGUUGCCGGAUAUAAAAGGCUUGUGUCCAUUUGUGGAAGACAGUUUUAGUCGUUUUCCCUCGCAGAGUAACAUAUACGGACUAUGCCAGGCAGGCGAGCAGGAGUUACUGGCAGCGACUCUAAAGGGGAAAGUAGUCUGCUUCAGAUACCAAGACCUGCAGAAGAAGAUCAGACCUGUGACUAGAGAGAUUCAGUUUACAUAUAUACCAGUUGACGCCGAAAUCGUCUCCAUUGACGCCUUCAACAAAUCAGCCCCUAAAAGAGGACUGGUUGUAGGAAUAACCUUCAUUAAGGACUCAGGAGAUAAAGCAACUCCUUUCCUUAACAUUUAUUGUGAUUAUGAACCAGGGUCAGAGUUUAACCUGGAGUCUAUUGCACAAAGCUGUCUGAACCUGGAGCUCCAGUUCACUCCCUUCCAGCUCUAUCACACUGAGGUGCAUUGUGGAGAUGGAUCCAGCGAGACAGUCUUUCUCCUCAGUGGGCAUGAUCAGCGCAUACAUCUUUACAAAGAGAAUGCCUCUUUGCACCAGUUUGAGGAACAGCCAGUGGAAAGACUCUUUCCUGAACUGCAGGAGUUGCCAAGCAAUGUAUUAUGGUUAGAUGUCUUAAGUAUUGAUCAAAACCGGCGCCUCACUGCAUUUGGAUGUCAGAACGGUUCUGUGGGUCUUUCUCUUGUCAACCAAAAAAAGGGACCCGAGAUUCUCCAGAACUGGCGUGUUCAGCAUGACAGUCCCAUCUCCACUGUGUUGCUGUUCCCUUUGAAAGAACAGCACCAGAACACAGAGACGAACAGUAGUCAAAGGGAAACAUUUAAUCUGUUGGUAACCAGUGCAAUAGAGAUUGCUGUUGUUUACAGGGAUGUAGAGCAGCAUGGACUGAGCAGACAGCUGUGUUUGGCAGAAAGCGACCAGUGUGACGCGGUUCUCUGUGCUCUCGUUGUUGAUCUGGACUUCGAUGGACAGCAUGAGUUGCUGCUGGGAACGUAUGGACAGGACCUACUCUGCUACAAAUUUCCCCAAUCAACAGGAGCUUUUGAGAAUAAGUUACAGCUGCUGUGGAGACGGAGUUUUAAAAGUCCCCUGCUGUCAAUGAUUUAUCUUGACCUGGCAGGGGAUGGACUAAGAGAGUUAGCUGUUCUUACCUUAAAAGGCCUGCAUAUACUUCAGCACAGUCUGAAAACAACAGCAGAUCUCGUUCUUCAUCGAUUGUCCACUUUAGUAUCAAGACUGCCUGUUUCUUUUAAAGUACAGCCAACAGAUACUGAAGAGCAGUCCAUUUCAAUCAGCGAUGAACAGAAAGCUCCAGCCACCUAACACUGACUUUUAUGUGAAAGAUAUUUAUUUUUAUUUCAAACGUGGUUAAGAAUGAGAAAUUGUAUGAAGAGCUAAAUAUUUCACUCUGUUUAUGUAAGAAUCCAUGCCAUUAUCCAUCUAACAGGCAGUUGUUCAAGCACUGAAAUGAAAAUUACUUCUUGCUGGUGCCA